UCAAGAAUGAAAGUGCAUUGGAAGUGGAUUCCCUCGUGCUCUGACCUCACAAUGAAUCUGCUGCUCUCUGCUACAGUCGUGCUUCUCCUCACUCAGCUGGGACACAGUGUCUCCAGGCUCCACCACAGGGGCUGGCUGCGUCUGCUGAGGGAAGGGGACGGCUGUGGGCCGUGCCAGCCAGAGCUGUGCCCCCACCCAGCCGGGUGUACUGCGGGCAUGGUGCUGGAUGGAUGUGACUGCUGUCCCGAGUGUGGCAAUGUCGAGGGGCAGAUCUGUGACUUGGACAAUACCAACCACUUCUAUGGAAGGUGUGGAGAGGACUUGGAGUGCCGGCUGGACACUGAUGCCCCAAACUUUGGGGAGAUCCCAGAACCCCAGUGUACAUGCCGAUCACAGGAGAGUGUGUGUGGGUCAAAUGGACGGACUUACAGCAAUAUCUGCAGACUCAAGGAAGCGUUUUACAGUGGCAGGGACAACAACCUCAGCCUUACACACGAAGGGCCUUGUGAAACAGCUCCGUGGAUUGCCACCCCCCCUCGUGACACACAUGAGAUUGCAGGCAAUGAUGUCAUCUUCAGCUGUGAGGUGUCAGCAUAUCCAAUGGCUCUGGUGGAAUGGAGGAAGAAAGGGAAUGAAGACUUCCUGCCUGGAGAUGACGUACAUAUCUCUGUUCAGGCUCGAGGAGGCCCAGAGCGCCAUGGUAUCACAGGAUGGUUGCAGAUCCAGGGCUUGAAGAAGUCUGAUGAGGGAACCUAUACCUGUUACACAUGGAACAAGUAUGGUGAAUCUCUUGCAUCUGCAAGUUUGAGCGUCAAUGAUCCCGAUUCACCAUCAGCAAUGAAAAUGAAUUUGCAUACCAGAGAUAGAAAAGAUAUUACAGAUGAAGAAGAUGAAGAGUAUUAUGAGGAUGAUGCUGAUUAUGAGAUCUCUGGUGACUACAAACAGCAAUAAAAUAUGAACAUCCUGUGUAAAUGUGGCAUCAAGUAUGCCUAUGGAGCAUAACUAUACAUUCAUUAACCAUUUAAAAAUAGCUUUCUCUUAUUAGGAGUAAGGAAUUGACCUGUAUAUCGUUAAAAGACUGAGAUUCACUCAAAGGUACCUGGAAAUCUGUUAUUAUACUUUAUACAACACACAGCUCUAUAAUGCUUCUCUGAUGGUUCUCACAAAUGUCUUAAAUCAUGCAGGUGACAUCGCUUGCUGCUUUGUCAAGGUGCUGACUCUUGCUGUAGGCGAAGAUCUGCUGCUCCUACUGAGCCCAGAGCAGCCCUGAAAAUUGUUGGUCUGUGUUGUUUAGAUACCAACUGUGUGGGUGGGUGAACAAUGAACAGCUUCAUAUCUUCCUCUUUCCCAGCAGGUAUGAUGAAUCAAUUCUAAAGUGCUUGGCUCUUGAAUCAUACAUUAACCAGUUUUUAUUCCCAAUCAGGCAUAAAAAUGUAAGCUUUCAGAUUUUAUUAUCAUACAUAGCAGGUGUUCUAACAUCGAUACAGGUGUCUAUGCAUGCUUAUUGGCCCUAAAGUUUAUGUAGGAUUUUAGGCUUCAUCUUUUCUAUUCUAAAGCACACCUAAUGAAGCAAGCACCUCAAAACAUAGACUGAACAGAAUUAAAAAGAGAAGGAUAUACCCUAAGAUGAGAUUUAAUAGUUGGGAACCAUUGCAUAACUAAAGAGAAACAUUUUAAGGAGUUUGAAAGCAAUUGA